GCAUCUGGACUGCCUGAGUACAUAAAGAUUGUAGAAGUUGGGCCAAGGGAUGGAUUACAAAAUGAAAAGGUGAUAGUCCCAACUGAUAUCAAAAUUGAGUUAAUCAACCGGCUUUCCAAAACAGGCCUGCCUGCAAUAGAAGUGACCAGUUUUGUUUCAUCCAAAUGGGUGCCUCAGAUGGCAGAUCAUAAAGAAGUAAUGAGAGGCAUUGAGCGGCAUCCUGGAGUCCAGUAUCCUGUCCUUACGCCUAAUCUUCAAGGUUUUCAUGCUGCUAUUGCAGCAGGGGCCACAGAAGUCUCAGUAUUUGGUGCAGCAUCUGAAUCAUUUAGCAAAAUGAAUAUUAAUUGUUCAAUUGAAGAAAGCAUAGAAAAAUUUGAAGAUGUUGCUAAAUCUGCAAGGAAUAUGAAUAUUCCAGUGCGUGGGUAUGUGUCAUGUGCAUUGGGAUGCCCAUAUGAAGGAAACAUCAUACCAGCUAAAGUGGCAGAAGUAUCUAAGCGGCUGUACAGCAUGGGAUGUUAUGAAAUCUCCCUGGGGGAUACAAUUGGUGUGGGGACUCCUGGAAGUAUGAAAAGAAUGCUGGAAGCUGUUAUGAAAGAAAUUCCUUUGCAUGCUCUUGCUGUUCACUGUCAUGACACAUAUGGCCAGGCGUUAGCCAAUAUCCUCACAGCCAUACAGAUGGGGGUUGCUGUAGUGGAUUCAUCUGUUGCAGGACUGGGUGGUUGUCCCUAUGCAAAAGGUGCUACUGGAAAUGUAGCCACAGAGGAUGUAAUAUACAUGCUUAAUGGUCUGGGGAUCAACACAGGAGUAAAUCUUUAUACAGUGAUGGAAGCUGGAAACUUUAUCUGCACAGCUUUGAACAAGAAAACAAAUUCAAAGGUUGCACAAGCUUCCUUCAAUACUGGAACUGUCAAUUAAAUUAAUGGGUUUUGCAGCUUAAUUACAUUUUUCAUCUACAUUGACCAAGGACAUUUAUAUCAAGAAAACAAAUCCAAGAAAAUAAUUUCAGCAAAGAACCAAAAUAGAACCCGUAUAUAACUUUUUAUUAUGGGAAGAGUUAUUGCACUGUACUGUUUUGUCAAGAAUUGUCUGAUUUGUAAGUAAGAAAUAAAUGACUGUAAUA